AUGUGAAUGAAUUUUUCAGAACAAAAAUAAAUAAAUAAUAAACGAUUCAUAAGUUGGUUUGUGUUUCUGGGCGCCGUCACUCUCCCAUUAACGUUGGUGCUUCUGGACUCUGAAUUCGAGUUUGUGUUUGGUGGCAUUUCAUUCAAUGGAGGAACCCAUUUGUCCAAUCGAUUCCAGUUGCCAAACUCAAAUCUCUGCUCUUCUCUCUCCUCCCUCCACUCUUCAACUUCAGGAAUAUUAUAAUACCCUUUUGUCUGCAAGGCACUACAGUUCCAUCACUGUCAAACAAGAUGCUAACUUUGGCAAAGGGGUAUUUGCUGCCAUGGACUUCUCUGAUGGGGACCUUGUUCUCAGGGACCAAAUGCUUGUGGGGUCUCAACACUCAUUCAACAAGAUUGAUUGUUUUGUAUGUAGCUUCUGCUUUCGUUUUAUUGGUUCCAUAGAGCUUCAAAUUGGAAGGAGGCUUUACCUGCAGGGAUUAAGGGAUUCUGAGAGUCAUGGAUGUGAUGUCGGAAGCUCUUCGAGCUUGUCAAAAAACUUCCAUGAGAUGGAUUCAUCAUCUGAAGAUGAGGAUCAGGGAACUCAUCAAUGUGGUUCCGGCAGUUCCAAAGAUAAAAAUCCUCUUCCUGAAGGUGUUGUGGAAUCUUUAAUGAAUGGCCAACUGAAUUUGCCUUUCUCUAAGGAGUUCUCGUUGCCAUCGGCGGUUCCAUGCCUGGGCGGCUGUGGAGAAGCUUACUAUUGCAGCACAUCAUGUGCAGAGGCUGACUGGGAAUCUUCGCAUUCUUUACUCUGCACUGGCGAGAGGUCUGAUCCCGCUCAUAGGGAGGCACUUCUUAAAUUCAAUAAACAUGCUAAUGAAACAAAUGAUAUAUUCAUCCUUGCCGCAAAGGCUAUUUGUUUUACCAUAUUAAGAUACCGCAAGUUAAAAGCAAACUGUCAUGAAGGGAAAAUGAAAUAUGAUACUUCUGGUGAUUCAAACAGCUAUAAUGCCUCUCUUCUUUUGGAAGCUUGGAGGCCUAUAUCAAUGGGACACAAGAGAAGGUGGUGGGAUUGUGUUGCAUUGCCAGAUGAUAUUGAUUCUUCAGAUGAAGAUUCGUUCAGGAUGCAAAUAAAAGAAUUGGCAUUCAAGUCUCUCCAACUUCUUAAGAAAGCUAUAUUUGACAAAGAGUGUGAGCCAUUAUUCUCCCUUGAUAUCUAUGGACACAUCAUUGGCAUGUUCGAACAGAAUAAUCUUGAUUUGGUUGUAGCUUCUCCUGUGGAGGAUUACUUUUUAUACAUUGAUGAUCUGAAAAAUCCUGAUAAGGAAGAAGCUGAGAAAAUUACACAACCAAUUUUAGAUGCUCUUGGUGAAGACUAUUCUGUUUGUUGCCAAGGAACUGCUUUUUUUCCUUUGCAAAGCUGCAUGAACCAUUCCUGUAGUCCUAAUGCCAAAGCCUUCAAGAGAGACGAGGAUAGGGAUGGCCAAGCAACCAUAAUCGCAGUAAGGCCGAUUCGAAAAGGAGAAGAGAUAACUAUCUCAUAUGUUGAUGAAGACCUUCCUUUUGAAGAGAGACAAGCAUCCCUUGCAGACUAUGGUUUUAGAUGCAGGUGUCCAAAAUGCAUUGAAGAAGAGCCAUAAUUACCAAAACACUUGAUUCAAAAAGUUAUGCACAAAGUUAAAACUCAAAGGAAGGAAAGAGAAGGGGUUAAAUUGAACUGUGUUUCUUCUUUUUCUACCUCUAUAUUUCCAUAAUUUCACAUGAACUGUGUGUGCUUCACUUAUGAUGUCCUAUACUUCUGAGAUUAGUUUAUUUAAAAUUUUUGCAUAUGAUAUUUUAUUCAUAUAGAAGGUAACCAUAUAUGAGAUAUAUUAUUAAUUUAUUACUCA